AUGACCCACAAUGUGGAUAAAAGUGAGAUUAUAUCUGGGGAAGUGUGGAAACACAAUGUCAUUUAUUUCAAUGCUCAUUCUCCGAAAUGGGAUUACCAGGAUAUAAACGACUUUGGCAAGGAAAUUGAAGAUCUUCUGUGCUCAUCCACACUGGACCUGAUCUUUGACCACAAAGACCCUUGCACAUUUCUCCACUACAAUGGAAAAAAAUACAAUCCAGAUCUCCUACUGGCUUCGGCGGGUAUAUCCUCCAAUACUAAAGGAAAAGUGCUUGAGGACCCUGGUUCGGGACAUCAACAAGUCAUAGCUGAGAUUUCUCUCCUGGUUCCAAAUCAGGGUCCAACUACUUCAAACACAUCAUGGAAUUUUAGAAAAGUCAAUUGGAUGAAAUUCAAAGAACUGACAGAUAAAGCACUUGAUCCCAAAGCAAUAGAUUAG